AUGAGCAAACAUCCACAAGUGCAGCAGAAGAUCAAGGUAGAAUUGAUGGAUGGCAAUGAUUAUAAACGACCGUUAUCAUUAGAUCGUCUUGAUUCACUUGUCUAUUUGGAUGCUGUUAUUAACGAAGUACUACGCUUUACUCCAAUCUCCGAUGGAACCUUUCGCACAUUGAUCGUCGAUGAUCGUCUGCCUGAGAGUGGCGUCCAAUUAUACAAAGGCGAACAAGUGUAUAUUUCCAUUCAUAAUCUUGCACAAGAUCCUCAGAACUGGUCAAUCGAUCCUAACGUUUUCUAUCCGGAGAGAUUCUUGGAAGGAGGCAAGCCUCUUCAUCCCUAUGCAUUCGUUCCCUUCGGUAGUGGCCAUCGUCAAUGUAUUGGACAAGAUUUAGCUCGAUUUGAGUUCAAGGUAAUCGCAGCAAGGUUGAUGCAAUAUGUCACUUUUCAUGAUGGUGGCCCUCAAGUUAACACUGGUGGACAAGUACAAACCAUUACCAUUAUGCCGAAACAUAUCGGUGUUAGUAUUACAUUCGACUGA